AUGCGUACGUCAAGAAAUCCAGUAAUUGCAAUUCGUCCAACAAAAACAUCAUUAGCUCGGCAAUCAAUAACGCGCGGUUCAAUUGUUCCAACACAACCGCUAGGCCGUCGAUCAUUAAGUCAAGUUUCGAAUACGUACAGCGAAGGAAAUGUGAACAAUGAUGUACAAUAUGGUUCAAAUGUUAAAAUUAAUACAAUCAAUAUUCCUCUCAAGGGACAACAACAUCAACGUCCCAAAGUUGGUGACGGUGUGAUGAAAAAUGCUGUAUUUAAACGUCGCUCUGUUAAAAAACUAGCCACUAUUUUAUCUGGUUCGUCACUCGAUAAUUCAACAAAAGAAGGUGAAACAUUAAAACAAGUUAUUGUCUCAUCGCUAACAGAAACAGUCAAAAAAUUGGAAAUUGCUGUUGAUGAUCAAGAAAAUAAACCGUUGGAACAACAAGAAAAAAAAUUAUCGUUAUAUCCAUCAUUAACUGGUGCUCGAAGACUUCAUAUUCCAGCCGCACCAACGUAUCCUCGAACAACACUUCUACCUCCAAAAAUGGUACACAUACUACCAGUCGUACGUAAGGAAUUGGAAAUUGUGACAAUUGAACCAUCGUUUGCAAGAGAUAACGAUUUUGAUAUUGAUGAAUUGGAUGAGGAUGAAUAUAGAGUCAAUGGUGAAAUAUAUGUAAUGAAUUAUGUUCGUGAUAUAAUGAAUU